GCCAAAAAAGAAUGGGGUGAUGGCAUGCGAGGACUGGCGUUAACAACAGCACAAUACUCUCUACUCAAGGUCGAGGACAAAGAUCCUCAUCCGAAAAACUGGCGACCGCAACUACUUAUUUGUUUGUCAACCACGUGGUCAAAAGAAGUGAUAGAUCUGCGAGCGAUGUCAAUGUUAAACCUUGGAGCACAACUGAAGGCCGGACAAGGCUUAGCGAUUGCAUGCGCCUUCCUGAAAGGUUCCGCUGACAAUGCUAAAGACAAGAUUCACGCACAACAGGUGAAAGAUCGUCUCACCAAAGACAUGGCUAAGACAAGGCUACGAGGAUUCAGUAAAACAAUUUUUUAUACAGAAACCCAGAAGAGUGGUUGUGUCUCAGCGUUAUUCCAAUCCAUUGGAAUUGGUGGUUUACGUCCAAAUACAAUUCUUUUAAGUUGGCCAAAGACUGACGAUCCAGAAGAGGUGGAGCUUUUCACAGAAAAGCUUAUUUGCGGAGUGAUCAAUGACAACUGUGUCCUAGUCGCGAAAGGAAUUACAGAUUUUCCUGACAGUAACGAUCGUCUUAUUGGGUAUGCCGUAAUAAAAACUAAUCCUUCCCAACUAGUCUCAUCCAUGUCCAAUCAUUUAUUCGUACAACAUUCAUUCAAAAGCUUGAGUUAA